AUGGCAGCAGAACAAUCCACACAACCACAACAACCGGAGAAUGAUGUUAGUGGCACACAAUCAACGUUGACGACACGGCAAAAAUAUGAUAUCGCCUUCCUGGUGCUAGCCUUUUCCUGUGUCGUCUCUGCAAUGACAUUGGUGGUUGGCACAGGGGCUGUAGUUGUCAAGUCUGUUGGUGGGGAUGUCACACUGACACCAUUUGCACUGGGCUUAUUCUUUCUUGGCAUGUCCUUCGUCUCGGUGGCCUUCACGCCGUGGGUUUUCAAGAAUUAUGGUCGCCACAUUGGGUUCUGGUGCGGCAUAUGCAUGGCAAAUUUGGGGGUACUAUUGAGUUGUAUUGGCCUCUUUUACUCUUCGACAGUGCUGGUCUUGGUGGCCAACAUCUUCAUGGGAGCUGGCAGUGGAAUCGGAAUGUAUCUGAGAUUUGCAGCAAUGGAGGUGGUGCCCACCAAUUUUCAGUCGAAAGCAAUGACGUGGGUGCUCUGCGGUGGCUGCAUUGCAUCCUUUGCGGGUCCAGAAGCUGCUCAUGCUACUGUGGGAAAGUUUGGAGACGAACCCAACAUGCAACAUUUCGGUGUCUUUGUGGUGGCUGCUUGCUUUCACUUUGCACAAGCACUCUUCGUCUACAUGGUCCAUUUUCCUUCACCGAUCGAAGAGCAGAUCAAGCAAAACAGAAUACAAAGUGAAAUGGAGAAACGACAACAAGAACAGGGACGAGAUGUCGAAAGAUUACCAGUGCCAAAUGGAACAGAGGAACUUAGAAUAUCAUCGGCUCCCAAGGAACUACGGCUGAUAUUGAAGAGUCCAGAAUUCAUACUGCCCGUAUGUCUAUCGAUUCUGACUUGGGCUAUCAUGGCAAUGCCCAUGUCCAUUUUCCGCCUUGCAAUGGGGGAGGUGGGAUUCUCAUCGAGAGCUUCUCUGACAGUGAUUGAAUUUCACUUCUUGUCAAUGUAUUCACCGGGGUUCUUUAGUGGUACAUUCAUCAAGACUCAAGGUGUGAUAAAGGCUGCUGGAGUGGCCCUUGUUAUGUUUCUCGGAGCUACUCUGGUCCAUGUGUUGUUCACCAACGACAAUAAGGACGAUAUUGUUGCCUGGUAUGUCGGACUUAUGCUUCUUGGAGUUGGGUGGAACUUUGGAUUUUCUUCUGCUUCCAUGUGGGUUACGAGAUCCUAUCGGGCGGCGCCGGAAUUGAAAGCCAAGGUACAAGCAGCCAAUGAGGGAGUUGUAUUCUUUUUCAGUGGUUUGCUCAUUUUCUCAACGGGGUAUAUCUAUUCGCUUGGGGGUAGCGGAAUAGUGGGAUGGCACACGUUAAACUUUGUCAUCUUUGCGUUGAUUGGAGCUUUUGUUGUUGUCGUCACCGCCGCUGUCGUAAUGAUGCGAGAUGAGAAGACCGCAGUUCAACAUAGCGAACUGGGGACGCCAACCACUGUCGCGUCCCAAUCGCAACUGCGCGAAGGACACGAAAUCCACAAUAUGAACGCAGUACACGAAAUGCAUCAAGUCCAUGACAGACACGAAAUGCACGAAAUCCUAGAGGCAUAG